GAGAGAGGGGAGGUUCUGUCUGGCCUCUGAGCAGGAAGUGACGCGUAUUGUGGGCGUGAAGCAUUUUCCCGCGGUUUCAGAGAGGCGAAGUGGGGAGGCGAUGGCUGGGAGAGGAGCGGGAAAACCUGUCGCUGGUCGGCUUCUUCAGGCCAGGGCUUGAGUUCGAGAUCAGACUCCUCUGUGUGGGUGGAGGCGUCCAAUAUGGCGCCGACCAGGUCCCCCAGGAAAAUGGAAGCUCCGCCAGCGAGCCAGAGGGACGGCCUGGACCCCGCAGGCGACUCCUCUACGACGCCCGUGCCCGACAGGCUUCCAUUUGCUGAAACAGAAUUUGUUGCCUUAUGCGAUGCUUUGCAAGUAACAGACAGUGUGAGAAUAACUGCUUGGAGAACUUACGAAAAAGCAUCUCUGGAUGGAGUUGUAGAGGACAAUCUUAAAAAAGAAUGGUGGGGAAUCUCUAUUUUUGCAGCAGCAGUUGAUCUGGAUGAGAUGACAUUCACUUUUACAGAGCUUCAGAAAUGUCUAAGUAUUAGUGUCUGCAAAUUUGUGUACAUGGCUAAAAAAAUGGAUGUCAACAUGGACACCAUUAGUACUAAAGUGGAUAGUACUAUAUCACACCUGAAGAAAAAAUAUGAUGUCCUGUUUGCACUAUACCAGAAGUUUGAAAGGGCUUGUGGACUUAUCUAUGUUGACCAUCCUGAUGAUCAAAUUUGUGCUGAACUAAGUUCUUCAUUCGUUCUAAAACUGUGCUGGAUCAUGUUUCUUUUGGCAAAAGGAAAAAUACUACAGAUGGAAGAAGAUUUGGUUAUUUCCUUCCAGUUGCUGCUUUGUGUUCUUGAUUAUUUUAUCAAACUAUUGCCCCCUGGAGUACUCAACGAACCAUACAAAUCUCUGAAUGCAAUGUCCAGUAAUAGCUCAACUCGAACUUGCAGGCGAGGUCACAACAGGAACACUCGCACAUUAAAAACAGAUACAGAGAUAAAGGUUAUUGAAGAACUUUGUAAAGAAUAUGAUUGUAAUUUGGAUGAGGUGAAAAAUGUUUACUUCACUAGUUUUAUUCCAUUUCUGGACUCUUUGGGUAUUAUACCUUUCAGUGGACUUCCAGAGGUUGAGAAUCUGUCAAGCAAGUAUGAAGAAAUGUAUUUGAAAAACAAGGAUAUUGAUGCCAGAUUAUUUUUAGAUAAAGAUGAAACUUUACAAUAUGAUCACACUGAAUGUUUACAGUUGGAGAGAACACCAACAAAAAAUAAUCCAGGUGAUGAUCCUCCUGUUGUACUUCCACAGACUCCUAUUCGGGCUGCGAUGAAUACUAUCCAGCAGUUAAUGAUGAUUUUAAACUCUGCAAGUGAUAAACCGUCAGAUAACCUUAUCUCAUAUUUUAAUAACUGCACUGUGAAUCCUAUGCAAAGGAUAUUGGAAAGAAUAGAAAACCUCAGUUGUAUCUUCAAAGAGAAGUUUGCCGAAGCAGUUGGCCAGGGAUGUGCUGAAAUUGGAUCACAGAGGUAUAGGCUUGGUGUACGGUUAUACUACAGAGUGAUGGAAUCCAUCUUAAUGUCGGAAGAAAAACGGCUAUCAAUUCAUAAUUUUAGCAAACUUUUGAAUACAAACAUCUUUCAUACGUCUCUGUUGGCCUGUGCUCUUGAGGUUGUCAUAGCUACUUACGGCACCUCAAGGAGUGCUUCACAAAGCGACAGUAUGAAUAUGGAAACAGACUUGUCUUUCCCAUGGAUCAUCAACAUACUUGACUUAAAAGCCUUUGACUUAUACAAGGUUAUUGAAAGCUUCAUUAAAGCAGAACCCAACUUGACGAGAGAGAUGAUAAAACACCUGGAAUGCUGUGAACACCAUAUUAUGGAAUCCCUUGCAUGGCAAUCAGAUUCACCAUUGUUUGAGCUUAUAAAACAGUCAAAGGAGCGAGAUGGGCUGCCUGACCAGCCUGAACCUACCAGCUGUUUUACUCAGCCUCUUCAGCAUAAUCACACUGCUGCAGAUCUGUAUCUCUCCCCAACAAAAUCUCCCAAGAAAAAAGCUUCUUCCACUUUGAUAUAUACACCUCCAGAUUCUCAGCCUGCAUUGGUAAAUCAUCCUCAAAAACUAUAUAAAUCUACCUCUCUCUCACUGUUCUACAAAAAAGUGCAUUGGUUGGCUUACAUGCGAUUGAAAAACUUAUGUUCACGUCUUCUGUCUGAACACCCUGAACUUGAACAUUUGAUCUGGACGCUCUUUCAUCACACACUGCAAAAUGAAUAUGAACUUAUGAAAGACAGACAUUUAGACCAGAUGAUGAUGUGUUCCAUGUAUGGCAUAUGUAAAGUGAAGAACAUUGAUCUCCGGUUUAAAACUAUUGUGACAGCAUAUAAGGAACUCACUAAUGCAAAUCAAGAGACUUUCAAGUGUGUGUUGGUUGGAGAAGGAAAAUAUGAUUCCAUUAUAGUCUUCUACAAUUCAAUAUUCAUGCAGAGGCUGAAAACUAAUAUUUUGCAAUAUGCUUCCAAUAAGCCUCCAACAUUAUCGUCCAUACCACAUAUUCCUCAGAGCCCUUACAAGUUUUCUCAUUCUCCCUUACGCGUUCCUGCGGGAAACAACAUCUAUAUCUCACCUUUGAAGAGUCCCUACAAAUUCUCCGAAGGGCUGUUGUCACCCACCAAAAUGACACCGAGGUCAAAAAUAUUGGUAUCAAUAGGCGAAUCUUUUGGGACUUCUGAAAAGUUUCAGAAGAUAAACCAAAUGGUGUGCAGCAGAGAUCGUCAUCUCAAACGUGAUGCUGAAGUAAGCACAGCUCCCAAACCUCUGAAGAGACUGCGCUUUGAUAUAGGACAGGAUGAAGCAGACGGAAGGGAACAUCUCUCUGGAGAGUCCAAGUUCCAACAAAAGCUUGCAGAAAUGACAUCCACUCGAACCAGAAUACAAAAGCAGAAACUGAAUGAUGGAGCUGACACUUCAACCACUGAACAAAAGUGAACUUCCAUUCAUACCACGUUAGGUGCACUGUGUGGUUUGCUAACCCCUCCUACUAUUGUCUCUUGCAUCCACAGUUUAGCUUGACCAAAUGCUAAUUUGAAAUAGUUGGGCUUUUGGACUUUAUUCUCAAUGUUUUAUACCAUAUGAUGCAGCAUGUAUGUAAUAUUAGCUAAAUUGUUUUAUACAUAUAGGUUUUUUUAAAGUAAAAAUGUUUUUCGCUUCUAAAUGCCAGCACUGUAGGUUUAAUACUAUUGCAGUCUACUUUAACAAAUUUGAAUAAGACAUUUGAAAUUAAAGUAGUCAAAAUGCA